CUGUUUUGUUUGGUUUUUUUCCUCUAGCCAACAACACAGCAAUCUCCUCAGGAUGAACAGGAAAAACUCCUGGAUGAAGCCAUUCAGGCUGUGAAGGUGCAGUCGUUCCAGAUGAAGAGAUGCUUGGACAAGAACAAGCUCAUGGAUGCUCUGAAACAUGCUUCCAACAUGCUUGGGGAGCUGCGGACUUCUAUGUUAUCUCCMAAGAGCUAUUAUGAGCUCUACAUGGCAAUUUCUGAUGAGCUACACUACUUGGAAGUCUACCUGACAGAUGAAUUUGCCAAAGGCAGGAAAGUGGCAGACCUUUAUGAGCUAGUACAGUAYGCUGGAAAUAUCAUUCCGAGACUGUAUCUGCUGAUAACAGUAGGUGUUGUCUAUGUCAAGUCAUUUCCACAGUCCAGGAAAGAUAUUUUGAAAGACCUGGUGGAGAUGUGCCGUGGAGUGCAGCAUCCUCUUAGAGGCCUCUUUCUUAGAAACUAUCUCCUGCAGUGUACCAGGAAUAUCUUACCAGAUGAAGGCGAGCAAGCAGAUGAAGAAACCACUGGAGACAUCAGUGACUCGAUGGAUUUUGUGCUGCUGAACUUUGCUGAGAUGAACAAACUGUGGGUGCGAAUGCAACACCAGGGCCACAGUCGGGACAGAGAGAAAAGGGAGCGCGAGAGGCAGGAGCUGAGGAUCCUCGUAGGAACAAACCUGGUUCGCCUCAGUCAGCUGGAAGGRGUGAAUGUGGAACGAUACAAGCAGAUUGUUCUGCCUGGAAUACUGGAGCAAGUUGUGAACUGUAGAGAUGCUUUAGCUCAGGAGUACCUCAUGGAGUGUAUCAUACAGGUUUUCCCAGAUGAAUUUCACCUCCAAACCCUGAACCCAUUUCUCAGAGCCUGUGCUGAGCUGCACCAAAAUGUGAAUGUGAAAAAUAUAAUUAUUGCUUUAAUUGACAGGUUAGCUUUAUUUGCACAUCGUGAAGAUGGACCUGGUAUCCCAGCAGAUAUCAAACUGUUUGACAUCUUUUCACAGCAGGUUGCUACUGUUAUACAGUCUCGGCAGGAUAUGCCCUCAGAGGAUGUGGUGUCUUUACAAGUUUCUCUCAUUAACCUGGCUAUGAAGUGCUACCCAGACCGUGUGGACUAUGUUGACAAGGUGUUGGAGACUACUGUGGAAAUAUUCAACAAACUUAAUCUGGAACAUAUUGCAACAAGCAGUGCUGUUUCAAAGGAGCUGACUAGACUUCUGAAAAUCCCUGUUGAUACUUACAACAAUGUCCUGACAGUUCUGAAACUGAAACAUUUUCACCCACUCUUUGAAUACUUUGAUUACGAGUCCAGGAAGAGCAUGAGUUGUUACGUGCUCAGCAAUGUGUUGGAUUAUAACACAGAAAUUGUGUCCCAAGACCAGGUUGAUGCUAUCAUGAAUUUGGUGUCCACGCUGAUCCAGGAUCAACCAGAUCAGCCUGCUGAAGAUCCUGACCCUGAGGACUUUGCUGAUGAGCAGAGUCUUGUGGGAAGAUUUAUUCAUCUGCUGCGUUCUGAUGACCCUGACCAACAGUACCUGAUCCUCAACACUGCCCGGAAGCACUUUGGGGCAGGAGGGAACCAGCGCAUUCGGUUCACACUGCCACCCUUGGUGUUUGCUGCCUACCAGCUCGCUUUUCGCUACAAAGAGAACUCCAAAGUGGAUGACAAAUGGGAGAAGAAGUGCCAGAAGAUCUUCUCAUUUGCUCAUCAGACCAUCAGUGCUCUGAUCAAAGCAGAGCUGGCAGAGUUGCCUCUCCGACUCUUCCUGCAGGGAGCACUGGCUGCAGGAGAGAUUGGCUUUGAGAAUCAUGAAACUGUGGCCUAUGAGUUCAUGUCCCAGGCCUUUUCUCUAUAUGAAGAUGAAAUCAGUGAUUCAAAAGCACAGCUGGCAGCAAUCACCUUGAUAAUUGGGACAUUUGAGAGGAUGAAGUGCUUCAGUGAGGAGAACCACGAGCCUUUGAGGACUCAGUGUGCGCUGGCAGCCUCCAAACUCCUGAAGAAGCCAGACCAGUGCCGAGCUGUGAGCACUUGUGCCCAUCUSUUCUGGUCUGGCCGCAACACUGACAAGAAUGGAGAGGAGCUUCAUGGAGGAAAAAGGGUGAUGGAAUGCUUAAAGAAGGCGCUGAAGAUAGCAAAUCAAUGCAUGGACCCUUCUCUGCAAGUCCAGCUUUUCAUAGAAAUUCUGAAUAGAUACAUCUAUUUUUAUGAAAAGGAAAAUGAGGCGGUGACAAUUCAGGUUUUGAAUCAGCUUAUACAGAAGAUCAGAGAAGACCUCCCGAAUCUUGAGUCUACUGAAGAAACAGAACAAAUUAACAAACACUUUCACAACACACUGGAGCACUUGCGUCUGAGGAGGGAAUCACCAGAAUCUGAGGGGCCAAUUUAUGAAGGUCUUGUUCUUUAGAAAGACACUCACUGUACCUGUUUUCAUUUACAUACCAUAUGUUGUUUUUUUUUUUAAGAUAGGUUCCUAGGUUGUGCCUUUCAGAAACGUCAAGUUAAGUUAACAUUCAUGUGUUCAGUCUGGCACUUCAAACACUUGUGUUGAGUACUCUAACAAAUUUGAAAGGUUGGACCAGCAACUACAGGUUUCAUCAGUUAGCAUGGCUGAGACUUUCUUUGAAAUCCAUGUGACAUGGUAGGGCUCUUCAGUUCUGAUUUCUCUUCUGUCUGUUCACUGUUGCUUCUGUAGCACUAGAGCUCUAAACUGGCAGUGACUGUCAGCUGAAACUGUGUCUGAUCCUUACAGAGCAUCAGAUUUUGGGAUUAUUGUAUGUCAAAUUCUGCUUGUGCUUUUCUUUUAAUGCAAGUUAAGACUAAGUGUAAUAUUUUUCCCUAAAACUAGAAUAUAUUAAUGCAUGUUUGGAGAGUUUUAAAGUACCAUGUUCAAAAACAGAAGUUAUAUUUUGCAUAUUAAGGCUCUGUGACAUUCAGUGAGGGCCAGUACUGUGCACAGGGCAUAUUUAUCAAGAUAAUUUUGUUCCAAAUAGUAUAAAAAAAUAGAGAAAUUGCAAUCUAUAUAGAUAUGUAUAACCUUCAUUACUGUAAAUUUAGGGGAAAAUGCAUUACACAAGUUUAUUCAGUAUCAUGAUUUUGCACCAGUGAAACAAUAAAGUUGCUAUUAACACCUGUUGUUUCAUGUCUCUUCAGAGCCCACUAUUGACCCCAAAGCUAAUGUUGAAGCUUCUGAUAAAAGUGAAAGAACUUUGUUUUGUAGGGACAGAAAAAUCAAGGCAUAGUUAACCUGGCCAAGCUGGGAGGCUGCUGGCAUUUCUAAUGUAGGAGUGUUGAUGCAAACCCAGUGUUUGUCCACAUGAUGCUGAGAUGAUGUGUGCUCACAUUUCAGAAUGCUUUUGUGACAUAUSUGGAGUGAGGAAGAAUCCUACUGGAUUCUCCACCAGAGACCUGAGURGCAAUUAAAUGACAGUGCUGUAGGAAACUGAGCAGUAGAGAAUGGCCAGUGGCAGCUCCUGUGAAAUUGGUCCAGUCCAUGGAUUAAUGCCAGCUGCUGAAAGCUUUGAC